AUGAACAUAUUAUACAACGGCCUCCACGCCCCACUGGCGACUGUUCCGAAGGCGGAUAAACUGACUGCCGUUGAUGACUUUAAUGCCCACGCUAGAACAGAUCAAGCUGACGAGGAGGGAGUGCUGGGUCCCCAUGGCAUCGGUGGUCGCAACGACAACGGCUUCCUGCUUUUGCUACCCUGCGUUGAACAUCGUUUCCACCGGACUGAAGCCUACAACCUUCCCAAGCAGAAGAGGGUAACCCGGAAGCAGCCACGAUCGCCGCGUGGGCACCUGUUGGACAGCCUUCUUUUGCAGAGACGAGACCAAUAAAGACUUUCGAUGGCAACGACUGGCAGCCUUGUCAUUUCCUAGAUGAGAUUUCGAUUGCAACCACGCAGGAGACCAUAGGGUAAGCGACCGUCAGACACGUUGAAUACUGUUCUGCUGAAUUUACCUGAUCACCGCUCCGAGGUCAGCAAAGAUUCGGUCCUGAGCAUGGAAGAUGUGUGUGGAAGAAAAAACACUGUGGAGACACAGUGAUUUCAUCUGCGAAAUGUCAUCCGCUUCAUCAUCCUGGGCGGCCUCAGUCGUGCACGUCGCCAACACUAACACCGGCUUGACAAAAACGACGUAGAUACCAGCGAACUAACCGUUGAGGAAAAUGAUCCACACAAAGUCCCAUGGAUAAAGCAAUGACGUUGUUGCUUAACACCGACCGAUCAACACUUUUUUUCAUGAGAAAUCGGAUAUUUUGAAGCCCUGAGUCAAGCACAUCAGAACAGCCCUCAUCCGACCAUCUGCAAACUCCGAAGCAGCCAUCAGUCAGCUGUCCCCAAUGAACAAGAACGAAGGUCUCGACCUCUGGUGUUUCUUCACAAAAGCGAUCAAAACUAUGCGAGAAAAGCAUCGGGAUCCUCCGCAGUCUCGACCGCUGUCUACAAGCGUUGCGACCCUUGGCUGAUGGGAUUCAUCACAUCGCUUUUCCAAGAAACAUGACGGAAGGAACAAGUCCUUCAGCAUUUAGAGCAUGCGACAGUCUCUGCAAGUGGAAAGAAAACAGACAACUCUGUGCUUAUCACAGAGAAAUUCUUCUGUCCAACACUGCGGAAAAGAUCUCCGCAUACGUCCUCAUGAAUUGUUUCAGUCGCCAUGUGGAACGCGGACUUCUCCCGGAAAGAUAGUACGAAUUCAGAGACGCCGUAAAACCGUUAAAAUCGUUUUUUUCAGACCAGCAACUUUAAAACAAAUGUCAGGGAAUCCGGACCCAUCUCUACACUACCUCCUCAGGCCUGUCCAAAUAAUUUGACACGGCGGAUUGCGAUGGGACCCAGGAGUCACACAAAAUCCGGUUUUUCUGACCGCCUCACACGCGUGGUCCACUAACUCCAUGACAUGAUGCUGGUGGGGAUAACGGACAAUGAGACACCCCUAGAAGCAUUCGUGGGGGCCAAUGGAGCAAAGCGAGGCAGCGCACUCGAUCUUGCCAUCUUCAGUUCUCCGCCAUGAUACUAAACGCCUAUCGCAAUGAGCGCCCUAGAAUCGGUAUCGUUUGAAAGACUAACUGUUAGUUAUUUAUUAUUUGACGCACGUAGGUGGCCAUAUGUCUCUCGACGACUUCUGUUCAUGAUAUUUUAUCUCCGAACGCCGGCGUGAUUAACACCGCUCACAUGCAAGGGAGCACGGAGCUCAUCGUCGCCGAGUGUGCACAAUUCGAACUGACCAUUUAUAUGCAUAAAACGGUGUCCGUAUACCAGCGGUCGUCCAACAGUCAGUACAACUAUCCCGACAACGGCACCCAACUGAAGGUUGUGCAGAACGUCGCCCAUCUAGGCAGUAAAAUAUCAGGGAACACUAAAAUCGACGAUGAAGAGGCUCAUCGAAUCGCCAAAGCCGGUCAGGACUUCGGCCAAUUGGGGGGCUACGUCUAA